GUCGAAUGCAGCAGGAAGCGAAUGGCAAUGUUUUUAUUUAUUUUUUCAGGCUGGCUGGCAUUCGCUUGGUUGGCCUAACGAAAAAGUGAAAUAUGAAAUUAUGAAGAAAGAAAGAUAAAUAUAAAUAUAGCAAAGUGUUUCAAGGCUGGCUAUUCCACUUGUGUGCUUAAAUAAAUAUAUAAAUACCCACCCACCUGCAGAACGAAACUUUCUCAAAGUGCGAGUGUCAAAAUAAAAUCUUUGAAAUGAAAUCUCCGAAGUGACCGCAAUCGCCGUGGCCAUUACAAAUCGUGUAGAAAAGAUUCGGAAACAGAAACAGAAACAGAAACAAAAACAGAACCAGAACCCACGCUAACAGCAUUUCACUUGGCUCGGUACAAAAUCAGUUUGAAAAUCUAAAAGGCGCAUCUGUCUUCACAUCUAUGUACAUGCCCUCCAUAUAGACAUCUAUAUUCGAUGGGAAAACUUUACAGAAAGAUGACACAAAUUUCUAAGGGGCGCAAAAUCAACAAUUAGCAAUUAAUUCCCAUAAAUCACAAAGAGGCACCAGUUGUUGUUCUUGCUGUUGUUGUUCUUGCUGUUGUUGUUGUUGUUGUUGUUGCUGCUGAUCGUGUCGUUCGAGCUGUUCUAUAUUUGGUCGACUUACCUACGUGAGCUGUAUGCAUAUGAUAAACCAGGCAAAUAGUACCCCAGAUGAUACCACACAGGCCGCCAUGGAAAUGUGGAAACCCCUGCAAAUAUUUACUCGACUUUUGCAGGAGAUAAGAACAAAAUCAAAUACUAUUUUAUAAAAGGGGUCAUCAUUAAGUUGGAAUUAUAUAACAAUAACAGUGACACUAUAAGCUGAUAUAUAUAUAUUAAAUCCGUCAAAAAUAUUAAGUUAAAAAGUCCCCAACAGCCAGCCACCAAAGGGUUAAGGCUCCUUUUAAAACUUCGCUGAAAGAACUUCUUUGAAAUGAAAGUUACCCAUCUGCUGGCUCCCUCGCACCCGCACGCUCUUAUCAGAAAUAACAAACUGCUUGACCCAAGGAGACCCAACGAGAACAGCAACAACAAAGCAACAGCAUCAUCGCGAUUGCCAAACAGAAUUCUGCGCAAGUGCAGCACACACAUCUCCCUUGAAGAGCGAACGAGAAGCCAACAAACUCAACGAAAGAGAGGAGAGAGUCCCCCAAUAAGAGAGAGAGUGGUCGCCCAAGAGCGACGCGCGCAGCUUUCGUCAAGUUUUUGGGGAGCAGAGUAUCGUUGAAUUCGCAGCGGCAUUUACGUUUAAGUUUAAAACGAGGAGCCAAAGAGAAGAGAACGACCGCGAGGCGCAACGGAAUAUAAAAAGCGUCAAAGAAAUCAAACAAGCCGAAACAGCUCACAAAAACACAAAUUGCAAACCAAAUAAAUAAAUAAAUAAAGCUCGGGCUAUCGGAUGUCGGACGAAGAUAAAAAUACGCACUUAUGCAGAUAUAGAAUUUAUAAAUAUAAUUUUAAAUAUUAAUGCAAAGUGCAGCGCAAAGUGCAAAACGCAGCGGACACCACUUGACGAAAGAGUGAUGUGAUGUCAUAAUAAAACUUUGCCCUUAUCGACAACAAAAAAAAAACGAAAAAGAAAAAACUGCAAAAACGAUAUCAGCGGAAAAGCGAGGUAAAAGUUAAUAAAGACCCGCCAACGAAAUCAAAUUGCAAUUUGUGAUAACAAAGCGAGCAUGACGGACUACACGGAUUACCUGGAAGCCGCCUGGGAGUAUGCAGAGUGGCUACCCUACUUUCUGGUCACCUACGUGGUACUGACCCUGCUCCCAAAGUCCCUGAUCCGGAUGAAACGCUUCGCCGAUGCGGAUUACGAGGCGAAUCGCAACAAGUUCCAUCGCUGCUACGGCCCGGAACUGUGCUGCUGUCAUGGCCUGGCCCAGGAGCAGACCGUCGGAAAGGUUAAACCCAAGGCCAGGAAGCCGGUAACCCGGGUCUAUCCCAAGCGUCAGCAGGUGGCACCCAAAGUGGAGUUGCCUACGCUAAGUCCGUUGCCGCCAAAGCGGAGUAAUGUGACCAAGAUUGCCCAGAUGUUCGAGACUGGCACCACUCGCCAGGUGAGCCGGGUAGCACCUGUCACGCUUCCGGAGAUCAGGAUGUUUGGAGCCAGCGAUGAAUCUAGAGACUCGACGCCUUGUGCCUCGCGGAAAACCAGCAUUGCCAGUCAACUCUCCGCUCAACUGCAGCACAUUGAGCAGACGAUGCACCUCUGGCAGGAGCUGGAGGAGGAGCCCUCGAAGAAGUCACCGUCCCAUAGCGACUGGGAGCCCAUGGCAGUGCCAGUGUCAAGACGUACCCGUGGCACCUCGGCCACGCCCUCCACGGCCUCGCCUCUCUCUAGUUCCCCGGAACCAGAGCACUCGCCUCCAAUUCUCCUACGGAAGCCACCUUCUUUCUGCCUGCAGACCAGCAUGGAGGACAUAUUCCAGGUGAUCGCCAGGAGUGCCGAAGAGCCGGAAGACUGUCCGGACUGCCACUGUCUUUCGCCAGUGACCAGCAUCGAUGACAUACUCUCCGAGAGGCGGUUCUCACGCCCCCUCUCCGCCUACUCCAUCACCGAUCUCCUCAACGAAGAGCAGGCCUCCUGUGUGGAGGAGACCACCUACAUCAACGAAACCAGAUGAGGAGAGUAGAGGGGUGUAAGCCUCAUCCAUAGGGGUCAUUUUACAGUGCCAUCCCCUCGGGUCAGAUGGAAUCACCAGGGAGACUCCCAGUCCGGCAUUUGUUCAGGGAACAAAGCCACUGGAGACCUUGCCAAGCCCCAAACUCCUAUAGAAUCCCGCAUUUUGUUUGUUUAACCGAAGGGAACUUAAGCAAAUCAAAGUAGAACCUCCUCACUUAAGUCGCAAUUGGCCAUAGGAGCCUGUACUUAGUUAGUCCGAUUAUCUGUAUAAACGUUUGUAAUGUCCAGAAACCAAGUUGUAAUUGCGAAGCAUCUCAUUGAUAGAGAACAGUACUGCUAACUAAUAUGCUGAUUGUACGUAUUAACUUAUGAAUAACUAUGAAUUUGUAUGGUAGUAUUACUUAUCGUUAAAUGUAAUAUAUGUAUAUGUUAUAAAUAAAAACUGUAUCAAAUGCA